UCCUUCUUAGCUGAAGAUGAUGAACAGUAUCACAUAACAUAACCACCAAAGAACACUGACUGCAAAUUUAUAAAACUUAUUUCCCCGCGACUGAAGAUGAGCGUGCAGUUCAGUUGCAACGUAGUGUCUCCAUUGCAGUUGCUGGAUCUGCCGGGCAUCAUCGAAGGAGCCAAGGAUGGCAAGGGCCGGGGACGACAAGUGAUAGCCGUGGCUCGAACGUGCAGCUUGAUUUUCAUCGUGUUGGAUGUACUGAAGCCUUUACAACAUAAGAGGCUGAUUGAACACGAGUUGGAAGGCUUUGGUUUACGACUCAAUAAGUCCCCGCCUAACAUUGUCUUUCGUAAGAAAGAUAAGGGUGGUGUGAACUUACAGACCAUGGUUACGCAGUCGGAGUUGGAUCUUGACACAGUGAAAUCAAUUUUGUCAGAAUACCGUAUUCAUAACGCAGAUAUCACUCUCAGAUAUGAUGCAACUAGCGACGAUUUGAUUGACGUCAUUGAGGGAAACCGCAUUUAUGUGCCCUGUAUCUACUUGUUAAAUAAAAUUGGUACGUACAUUUACAAGAUGUGAUUGCUCCUCUCUCACCCCUCUCUAGCUAUAGUGC